UGCCUGGCACACUGAUCGCAGCAAAAUAAUAAAAGCCAUGAAGUGAAGAAGUGGCUUUUCCUCUCGGGUAACUACUCUAUAUUUGCUUUAAGUCAAUACGUAAGGUUCAACGUCGCCAUCAAGAAUAAAAUGCUUAUAAUAAUUUCAUCUUUUAAAAGCUUCGUGACAGUUUCCCUUAGAAGCGAACAGUUGCCGAUCUUUUAGACUAUCGCUCGAACUUCUGGCUGCCGUAAUUUUCAAAAGCUUCACUUAUAAAUAUAACAACUAAUGUUGCAAAUAGUGUACACUCUAAAUCGGAUUUAUUAAAUUUUAGUUUUGGUUAAAAUUUUGUAUGUUAUUUAAUUAAAACAUUAUUUCAAACAAAACAGAUACGAUAAGAGCAAACUUAUAUCAUAUCAAAUAGCAUACAUUACGGAGCUGUGUUUCUUAACAAAAUACAAAACUGACGAUAAAUAAAUUGUUUUAAGUGCCAUACUAUUUUUAAGAUUCCAAUAUGGCUAAAGUUCAGGCACGUACAGUUCUAUGGUACCUAGUGUUUAUAGGAUUUGCUGUAAACUAUAUGAUUCGAAUCAAUUUAAAUAUAACAAUAGUUGAGAUGGUGAUGUCAAAAGCUAAAAAACUACAACGAAUGACUGAACUGAACGAUGUCGUCAGAGGCGAGAACAUCACAUCUUCGCAUAAAGAUAUGUUUGUUGAUUAUAACAUGGGUUUGAGCAAUGCAAGCCUAAUUGAAUUAAGGAAUCAGAAUUUCAAUUCGAGCAUUACGAUACCUACAAAGCGGUCAGUCAUUGCAUUUGAAAUUGAUAACGCGACAUCGAAAUAUGAGAACCAAUAUUUUUUCAAAAACAAAGCAACAAAAUUUGAAAAAUUUUCAAUUGAAAAAUAUUUGCUUCGUUCAAUCAACAUCGAAUGCGAUGAAAACGGCUUUGAGUGGAAUGAAUAUCAGCAAGGUUUGGUUCUUGGUGGCUUUUUUUGGGCUCACUGGGUUACACAAAUACCAGGGGGACUUCUUGCGAAAAAGUUUGGUACAAAAAUAAUUUUUGGCUUGUCGAAUGCGACAGGGGCCUGGAUGUGUUUUUUUAUUCCAAUAAUUUCUUAUCUGGAUUAUAGAGCACUGGUUUGGUGGAGAGUUUUGCAAGGAUUAGUGUGUGGUCUCUCUUGGCCAGCUAUGCAUGUCCUAACUGCUCAAUGGAUUCCACCGAAUGAAAGGAGUAAAUUUGUUACGGCCUAUCUUGGAGGCUCGGUCGGUAUAGCAAUUUUCUAUCCACUUUUUGGCUACGUCAUCUCUUGGACCUCUUGGGAAUGGGUGUACUACAUUUGUGGUAUAGUGGGCACAUUAUGGUGGCUAGGCUGGAUCUUAUUUGUCUACGAUACACCGGCCUUGCAUCCGCGAAUUGAAGAACAGGAAGUUUCUUAUAUCCAGAAAUCCCUCGGUUCAUCAGUUCAAACCAAACCAAAUUCUACGCCUUGGAAAGAAAUUCUUACUUCUAAACCGGUUUGGAUGAAUGUUAUUGCACAAUGGGGAGGCAUUUGGGGAUUAUUCACUUUGAUGACACAGGCGCCAACAUACUUUAAAGUUAUACACAACUGGGAUAUUAAAACGACAGGUAUUUUGUCCGGGCUACCACAUUUAAUGAGAAUGAUAUUCGCUUAUAUUUUCUCUAUGUUGGGUGAUUACCUUCUUCGGACAGAGAAAAUGUCACGAACAAAUGUAAGAAAGCUUGCAACUACAUUUUGUUGCAUUGUUAAAGGUUGCGUAGUGUUGGCUUUGGCUUUGUACGGCCAUAAUUCCAUAGCGGCAAUAGUUUUUUUGACUAUUGCGACAAUGUUUCACGGGGCGGUAUCAUCUGGACCUCUUGCUAGUAUUGUAGACAUUGCACCAAACUAUGCUGGAAUUGUUCUUGGAAUCAGUGGAAUGAUUGGUGUUCUUCCAGGUUUUAUUUCUCCAAUCAUUGUUGGAAUGCUUACACUAGAAAAUCAAACUUUCGAAAGCUGGAAAUAUGUAUUCCUUAUUACUGCUGGGAUGUUGAUAGGAUGUGGUUUACUGUAUGUAUUAUUCGGAUCAUCGACCCUUCAAAUCUGGAACACUCCCCAAAACUUCGAAGAUGACAAAGAAAGACAUCUUCUCUCGGGCGAUGCUCCAACAGAAAACUCUAAUAUAAAACAAAAAAGUCUUGAACUACUUAAUCAGAAUAGUGAAAAAAGAUAACACAUAUGGAAAAUUAGAUGCAUUCCUUUUUAUCAAGAAUGAUUUGCUGUAAUUUUAUAAAUCUCGAUGUCGAUGAAUAUUUUCAGCAUAAACUUUAAUAAAUUAGGUAUAAUUUUACUGUUUUAUUAAAACGAAACAACAAUUAAGAAUUAAAAAUGUAGAUGAAAACGACAUGUUUUGCGGAUGAAAUUUUAGCCAUCAUCUGGGCGGUUCCUACAACCUUUCAAACAGAAAAAAGUAUAAAAUAUUUUUUUCUCAGCAUGCGCGUGGUAUAACCAACCAGAGGGAAAUGAGAAAACGUAAACGCCUUUAAACAGUACGAAUACAGAUUAUUAUUUUUAUUUAUAUUUCUUAAAAUUUUGAUGAUAUCUAUUUGGUACUAAUGUUGAUUAAACUUUAUUCUUCGAA